AUGGUUCGAUUAAAAUGUAUUCGAAUCACCCUCUUGGUUCUUGUUCUGCUGGUUUUGAAUAUCGUGCAAACUGAAGGCAACAAGCACAACCGAACCCGGGUUGUGGGUUUGGGUCUAAAUGUCACAAAUGGGUCACAAGCGGUGGUGCCAUGGGUUAGGCGAGUUAGGCUCCAAGCCGUCGGGUGCGCGGAUAGACCCUGGAUUUGUAAUUCGGGUGGGUUUCCAUCUCCAGUUAGAAGACGGUGUUGUGGAAACCGUUGUGUUGAGGUGACCUCAGAUGUGAACAACUGUGGAGUAUGCGGGAUUCGGUGCCCGUUUAACUGGCAAUGUUGUCGGGGUCUAUGCACCGAUAUCAAUAUCAAUCCGUUUCAUUGCGGGCGGUGUUUCAAUCGAUGUCCGUUUUUAACCUUUUGCACCUUUGGUAUGUGUGGAUAUGCCGGGCCCUUCCCUCCAUUCCCGCCCCGACCCCCAAAACCGCCAUUCCCACCGAAACCACCAUUCCCGCCCCGACCCCCUAAACCACCAUUCCCGCCCCGACCACCUAAACCACCAUUCCCGCCCCGACCACCUAAACCACCAUUCCCGCCCCGACCACCGAAACCACCAUUCCCGCCCCGACCACCGAAGCCACCAUUUCCGUUUCCCCCCAAACCCCCAAAGCCUCCUAAAGGACCCGAGCUCCCGCCUGAAGGUCCACCGUUAGUUGAUCAACCACCAAUUAUUGGCAGUCCACCGCCCGUAGAUGAAGGCGGUGAACCACCUCCGUCUGAUGUCCAGCCACCGCCGUGA